CAGCUGCGGGUAACUGAGUUAGACAUUGUUCAGUUCAUCCUCAGCAUUCCUUGUGUGUCGUUGUCUGCUCCUUAAUUUGUUCGCCCAAAAUCUAUCCAUAAAGGAUGCGAGUGGGUGGCGUGACGUUGGUUUGGGUGGCGUGGUCAUGUGUGGGCGUGAUGCUGAGUGAGGGCGGAGGCGUGGCCAGAACCCUUACUGAGGCUGGAGAGAGACUACUGGCUCUUAAGGAUAAAUGGUCGAAGUUGUCGGGAGUACCAGAGACUAAACGACGGGGCGGACUGCCAGACGAACACACAUCACACUUUUGGUCAUCAUGGCAGGGCGGUGAUGGGCCGUUGACCAACAAGGUGUUAGAACUGAGGACGCCAGCAGACAAACUGACUGCCAUCAGACAGCGACUCGUCCACGGGAUCAUUAAGGAGGCGAAGCAGCUGCCCUCCAACAAUCAAUCCAUCAUGUCCAUCGCCUUCCUGGCCUUCGGGGUGAUUCUGUUCGACGUGCUGGCCGACGCGAUGUUCGGGGGGACUUCCAACAUCCUGGCGGCGCUGGGGGCGAACGGCGGUGCCCAGGCCAGAGUCGCCGUUCUCCCGGGCUUUGGACUCUUCGGUGACAACCUCAACAACCUGGCGGAAGUUGUCCUUAAUAUGAUCACCAUUUACUUGUACAGGGACGAGAGCCCGGACUGCGGUGAGCGUCUGCUGUGUGAGAGUAACCAACAAGCCGUCAGCCGCGGAUUCUUCGACUCUCUGGUGACUUACAUAAGCGGGUUCGCCGUCUCUUUCUUCCUACACGAGGCGCCUCUCUCACGCAACCUGGAGGCCAUGAGAUCGGGGAGGAAGGGCCAGAACUGUAUCGAGAUCUACCCUCAGUGCUCCAUCACUCUCUGAGGUCUGUCCCACGCCCUCAACCACGCUGCUAACGUCAGCAUCACCGUCUUCAACAGCCUACAGGACGCUGGCGAGGUAGAUGCAGAAGGCGUCGUUAGGGUGAACUAGUAAGGUGAGGCAGGAGGGACCAGGUACAUAUACACUGGUGGGUGUAGGGUGAUCUAGAGUAUGGGAGGCACAGGUUAAGAGUUACUAAACAGACUCGUCACCAUCGCCGAAGUUGUUAACCAAAGAUAAGGCGAUGAAGUUGUAUUAUGAAAGACCUAUGUCGUCUUGUUUGACUAUCUGGGCAUUACUAAGUUAAGUUAAUUUUAAGAGACACUUCAUUCAAUAGAUUAAUUCAAGGAACAUUUUAUUUAUUGUUUAUUACCAGUAAGUAUAGGUGUCAGUGUGGCGUCCCCUUCCUCUAUGUUAUCUUUACCCUGUCUUCAAUAAUGUCUAUGAACACAAACAUACUGUACGAGCAUCACAUCAGUCACUAUUUUAAAUUCUCACAACUGAUACGUGUUCUUAUAAUAUUUUCUUCUUGACUAAUGUAUGGUAAAGACAGCGUGGAAGAAGGACAUAUGGAGCUGCGUCUCUUUAACCCUCUAGGCGGAGUGUGGCUGAGGCUGUGACGUCAUGCUGUACUAUUAUAGUUACGGUAGUAAUAUACAGUAUUGUAUGAUACUAAGAUGGCGGGAUACCUGUAAUUGUGAUGAAAUAUUUAUGAUAUACUGUAUAUUUUAUGACAUUCAAAUGUCUCUCUUCAUCUCCUGUAAAGUACUUAAGGAAAA